UUCCAAAGUUCGGGGCGUAACUCUCCAUUCACUACCAAGCCAAUCAUCAUGUCAAAAGAUUCAUCCUUCCGAACCUGCAUCGCCCUCCUCCUAGCUAUCCAGGCUGCGUGCUGGGCCUUGACACUCCUGGACCUGUACAGCCCCGGCAAACCACUCUCAUUGCUACGCAGCUCGACCAAUCUUUUCGCUCAGCUAUUCUCCCGGCGGACUUCCGGGUUGCUAUCAUACAAGGAUAUUCACACACGCACCUGAAUCUGACUUGGCUUGCGAAGAAGGAACGAAAGUCUCCAGAGGCCCACUGCUGCUAGGUGGCUAGGAUCACCGACCAUAGCAUUGCAUCUACGCAUGCGACAAUGGAUCUAUCAUAUCGACCCCCGCU